AUGUCCCCCCGCCUCGCCUAUCUUGACAUGGGAGACAACGAGAAGAAACAGGUGGUUGGACGCUAUGAAGAAUCGGACAGAAGGUUCGAAGACGUGGAUCCGGCUGGCUAUAGUAUCUUUGCAUUAGGUUCUGGGCUGCAACGCACUGCACCAAAUGGACCCCCACCUCGCCAUCUUGACAUGAAAGACAAUGAAAAGGACGAGGUCGGCAUACGGAACGAAGAAUCGGACAGAAUGUACGAAGAUGUGGAUCCGGCUGGUGAAAGUAUCUUCACAUUAGGUUCUGGGUUACAACCCGCUGCACCUAAUGAACCUAAAUAUGUCGACAUGGAAGGCAAAAAGAAGAAAAAAGUCGACAGAAGGAAUGAAAAAUCGGACAGAAAAUACGAAGAUGUGGAUCCGGCUGGUGAAAGCAUCUUUGAAGAGACGGGUGAAAUGGGUGAGGACAUGUCUGGCGGUGUCGAUGUGAUAAUAAACUCUGGAUUGAAACGUCCUGUGCCCGACCUUCCCCCUCCUCGCAACUCCGACGCUGGAGACCGCAUGGCUGAGGACAAGCGAUCGGAGGAACCUUGCUCAGAUCCGUGCAACGAACAAGUGGACAAUGCUGGACACAAUGCUGGAGAUGCUACCCCUUCUCACAAACUCGAUAUGGGAGACCACAUUGUGAUGUUUCCAGAGCAAAAGGAUGAUCCAUACUCAGAUCCAUACUACAAACCCCAGGAGACUGAUGCAAAUGAAAAGCAUGAGGAAAAACGGUUCAGUAUCAAAGAGCGUAUCAUGGGCAUGUGGAAUAAGGCAAAAUCCAGCAAGAUCUGUUGGGUCCUCCUGGGAUGUGGAGUUCUGGUGAUUGUGUCAGUCGUCACAGCUGUAGUCCUGUCAGCAUACAUCCAACCUGGAAGUAAGCAAAAAUAA